GCUGAGUCCACCCAUAAGGCGAAAGAUCGUGGCUUGGCAUUUUGGGGAAUAGUUUCAGUCAACUUGGCUGGUACUGUAGCCAAACUUCCCAAGUAUAAAUAUUAUACAUCAACGUUUGACGCUUUUUGUUGAGCCCUCCCUGCGAAUGACCAUGCCAACCAUCACCUCUACUCGCAAUAUACUCGACGCGGUCGGGAAAACACCAUGCGUCGAGCUGCACCACGUGGUUCCAGAUGGCUGCGCCCGUGUUUUUGUCAAGCUGGAGGGCUUGAAUCCCACAGGCUCCUAUAAAGACCGCAUGGCCCGUUCUGUGAUCGAAGAAGCCGAACGACGAGGUGAUCUGAGACCCGGGAUGACUGUGGUUGAAGCCACCGGCGGCAGUACUGGGUCUUCACUCGCCUUUGUUUGUGCAAUCAAAGGGUACAGGUUCCUUGUUGUAUCAUCCGACGCGUUCGCAGAGGAAAAGUUGAAGACGAUGUCCGCGUUUGGAGCGACGGUGGAUAUCGUCCACAGCCCAAGCGGGAAGAUCACGCCUGAAUUGAUUCCGGCUAUGCGUGACCGGGCGAAGGAACUCUCCCAGGGGGAAGAUUACUAUUACGCAGACCAGUUCAACAACCCAGAUGUCCUUGUCGGUUACGAAGGGCUAGGUCGUGAGCUUCUGGAGCAAAUUCCGGAGGGCAUUGAUGCAUUCUGCGGUGCAGUGGGUGGUGCAGGAAUGGUCAUGGGCGUGGCCAAAGUCUUGAAAGAAAGUCAACCGCACUGCAGGGUGACUGUCCUGGAACCUGCUUCAGCGCCUGCUAUCACUAAAGGCCACGGCGGCCUACACUCGGUGGAAGGUAUUGGAAUUGGAUUCCUUCCACCGAUCUUGGACAAACAGCUAUACGACAGUGCCCUUGCAGUUGAGGAAUCGGAGGCCCGUGCCAUGUCACGGCGCCUGGCAAAGGAAGAGGGCAUUUUGGCAGGGACCUCUACAGGCCUCAAUGUAGUAGCCGGGAUUGAGCUGGCAAAACAACUAGGGCCUGGAAAAGUUGUGGUUACCGUUGCUUGUGACACGGGUCUGAAAUAUGUGCGAGGCAACCUCUACACAGCGGAGUAAAAAGCCUUAUUUUUGUUCUUUUAAGAUCCAGAUGAGUGGACAAGUGUUUACUGCAAUGAAAUGUUAAGCUAAGCUUACAUUUCGAGUCUUUGGUUCAGUAGAUAAUCCCAUGUAAUAGCCGAGUUCAUUCCUUUUCUCUAUA